UUGCUCAGCUGGUUUUUUGGACUCUGAAAGUGGGAGUGCCCUCCUUCCUGAAUAGCUCGCUCUCUCUCUUUCAGUGUGUCUUUACCUCUCGCUGCUCCCUGUCAGCCUCUCCUCUCUCUCAGCAUAAGUAGCAGUCUCAACAGACAGCAAAAUGUUUCUCGCGAAAAGGUUAAUCGGAGGCAUCAUUGAUGUUGUAAGCAACAUCGACCCGGCUCAGUUUCAGCCUUCAGAUCCUCCUCCUCCACGCAGACCUCUGAACUUCGCUGAGGCUCAUGAGAACGAUGAGGAGAAACAGUUUCGGAGAGUUUUCCAACAGCUGGCUGGAGAUGACAUGGAGGUGAGCCCCAAAGAGCUGAUGAACAUCCUCAACAGAAUCAUUGGCAAACAUGGAGGCCUGAAGACUGACGGUUUCAGCAUCGAGUCCUGCAGGAGCAUGGUCGCUGUCAUGGACAGUGACAGCACAGGGAAACUGGGCUUCCCCGAGUUCAAAUACAUGUGGAAUAACAUCAAGAAAUGGCAGGGUAUCUAUUUAAAUCAUGAUGCAGAUGGUUCUGGUACGAUCUGCUCUAAAGAGCUGCCACAGGCCUUCAGGGCUGCAGGUUUCCCUCUGAAUGACCAGCUCUUCCAGCUGAUUAUCCGUCGCUAUAGCGAUGAGCAUGGCAGCAUGGACUUUGACAAUUUCAUUGGCUGCCUGGUGCGACUGGACGCCAUGUGCAGAGCCUUUAAGACCCUGGAUAAGGACAACAGUGGCUCCAUCGAUUUGGACAUCAAGGAGUGGCUUCAGUUGACGAUGUAUUCUUGAAGCGACGGAGGGAAGCUGCUCCACAAACAAAUCUUCUCUCCUUUCAUCUCAUCCUUCACUUCCUGUCAUUCCUCUCAUUACACUUGUGUGUGCACUUGCGGAUGUGCAAUAGUGUUUAAAAACCUGCUGUCUUCAUAGUAGCAGCACCAAAAUGUCAGCAUAGAGCUAAAGAGAAAAAUUCAAACUGGGACCAAAGUGGAGCUGGUGCUGCUGUUGCACUGUCCUGCUGCUGUCAGGCGGUGGCGCUUUAACAUCCCCAUGUUACAGAUUUCUAUAUUUUAUGUUUUAUGGCAAAUUUUAGAAGGUAUUGAUUUUUAUCAGAAACUGAAUAAAGUGACACAACUGACAUUCAA